AUUUUUUUAUUUUGUCUGUGUAGAGAUGGCUCCUGCUGGACACGGAUUUAACUUGUUUUUCCUUCAACAUGUAUUUUUUUUUUCUUUUUGUUGUUCUGAAACCUGUUGACAACAUAGAACUAUAGCAAGAAAUAUGUCUUUCUUUGUUUCAUUACUGUUUGUCAUUUUCAUUCUAAUCUUUAGUGGGCUUUAUGUCUUGGGAGCAUUUCGAAGGAGAUAUCCAAAUGAGCCCCCUUUGGACAAAGGCUAUCUUCCUUGGCUGGGACAUAUACUUGAAUUCAGAAAAGACACUGCUACGUUCUUGCAGCGAAUGCAGAAGGUACAUGGAAAUAUAUUUACAGCACAGAUUGCAGGCUAUUAUUUUACAUUCUUGAUGGAUCCCUUUUCUUUUGGAACUGUUGAAAAAGAAGCCAGGGCAAAGCUGGAUUUUGAGAUAUUUGCAAACAAAUUAGUCGUAAGGGUCUUUGGCUAUCAUCCUAUCGAGAAUGAUAAUAAGAUAUUGCAGGCUUCAAACAAGUACCUGAAGGGAGAUGGACUUGCAGUUUUGACUGAAGCUAUGAUGAAGAACUUGCAGAAUAUUAUGCUUUACAACGUUGGUAAAGAAAAUGAGAGGAAAGAAUGGAAACACGACAGGCUUUUCAACUUCAGCUACAAUAUUGUUUUUAGGGCUGGGUACCUUACUUUGUUUGGUAAUGAACCUGCAAAACAGAUGGGCAGCCUAGAUAAAGCAAAAGAAUAUGACCGCUGUCACUCUGAUAACAUUUUUUAUGAGUUCCGAAAGUAUGACCUCCUCUUUCCUCGACUUGCUUAUGGUGUACUUACACCCAAAGAGAAAAUGGAAGCAGAGAGACUUAAAAGGAUGUUUUGGAAUUUAUUUUCUGUAAAAACAAUGCUUGAAAAGGAAAAUAUUAGUCCCUGGAUAGCAGAGCAACAACAAAAGAAAGCAGAAGCUGGGAUGCCUGAAUACAUGCAGAACCGAAAUAUGUUCUUACUUUUGUGGGCUUCCCAAGGCAACACAGGACCCUCUUCCUUUUGGUUACUCUUGUACCUCAUGAAAUAUCCUGAUGCCAUGAAAGCAGUGAGAGAAGAAGUGGACAAGGUUCUUAAAGAGACAGGGCAAGAGGUGAAGCCAAGUGACCCUCUGGUGAACGUCACAAGGGACAUGCUGCUGAAAACCCCAGUCCUUGACAGUGCAGUGGAUGAAAGUCUUCGAAUGGUAGCUGCACCUGUCCUUAUCAGAGUUGUGACAGAAGACAUGAAUCUGCAGAUGGCUGAUGGGAGGGAGUAUGCCCUCCGCAAAGGGGACAGACUGGCUCUCUUCCCUUAUCUUGCUGUGCAGAUGGACCCAGAAGUGCAUCCUGAACCUCACAUAUUUAAAUACAACCGUUUUCUGAAUCCUGAUGGUACAAAAAAGACUGAGUUUUACAAGAAUGGUAAAAGGGUGAAGUAUUACAAUAUGCCAUGGGGUGCAGGGGUCUCAAUGUGUCCUGGGAGAUUUUUUGCUGUUAAUGAACUUAAACAGUUUGUUUUCUUAAUGCUUACUUACUUUGAGUUUGAACUGGUUAAUCCAGGAGUAGAAAUCCCUCCAAUAAACGCCAGCCGAUGGGGUUUUGGCAUCAUGCAGCCAACACAUGAUAUCCCAUUUAAAUACCGACUCAGAUAUUAACAUCUUAGUAUUUUUGGAAACAAUUUUGAUAUAGUCACUGUUAACUAAUUUUAGGAUUACCUCAUCUCAGUGUAGUGCUGCAAAAUUCAGAUUUAGUUGUUUGUGAUUAUUUUGGAAAUUAAGUAAAUCCUCUUGAUUCCUAAACUGUUAAUCAAUGUAUACAUUUAGCAUAUGAAACAGGUAUAAGACAUUUUUUAUUUCGUUACUAGAAAAAGAAAGGCAAUGUUGAGCCUUUUCUCUCAUUAUCUUUGCUUGUUUAGAAAAAAUAUAUAAACAGCAGUCAGUGGAAAAGUUAAACAAGUGGUAAUUAGGAUGUGCCUGGAUUAGAUCCCACCAUUGUCACAUUCUGUGUUGAGCCAAUAAUUAAACUGACAAUACAGACUUAGCUUGAUUCUGCUGUAGAUUUGUAUAGUAGCAGCCUUUCCUUCUGCCCCAAAGCCACAGUUUUUAGUUGUAUAACUGUCUACUUGACAAUCUGCUGUAUAACAGACACUGGCCCCUGUCUUAGAACCAUAGAUUUUGACAACAGAUAAAGACCACACAAGAUCCACUUGACUCAUUAAUUAAUGUGUGAGUGCCAUGUGCUAAAAUUCCAGCACAGCACCUCUCUUUACAAAAAAAAAAAAAAAAUGAAAAACGUGAGAACUGAACCUGAGUCUCCAGACUAAAAGAUUUGCAAAAAAGAUUUGAAAUAACAGACUUGAUAACCACUUGUACAGCAUUCCUCAGACAAAUGUCCUUUGAAAUAAACACACACUUUGAUA